AUGGAGUCCCAUAUUGCAGAGCGUUCUGCGCAGGUUGACGAGUCUUGUCCCGAUCAAAGGAUGAAGUUGCGUGUUCUCACGACAACCGCAUCGACAAAAGAUUCAUCAGCUAUUUAUUCUAUCCAUUCAGAUGGCAGUCACUCCUUCAAUGACGGUAGUAUAUUCUACAGAGAAGGAGAUACUGCUAUAUGGUACCUAAAACCAAAACCAAAAAGCACGGACAAUCCAGAACCUGUAUCUGGGUAUAGAGAUAUCACCACAAUUAAUCCCUCUGAAGCUGAUUGGGCGCGCGGUGUAGCUUGUACCGAAAGCCAGAGCAUCACCCCAGCUCCUGCUGGGUAUACACUGGAUGUUUGGAUGGAAGACAACCCGUCACUGAUGGAUCAGAAAGCCUCUGAUAAUGAAGAGCUGAAAACGCAACCGGAAUCAGGUGCCAAAGGUACUUCGAGUAUCUUGCCAUCUUGGUUGUUUUCCCCAAAGUCUAAAGCAGCUGAUCAGACGGGGUCUUCUAUGAGCAGAGUGCCAACAAGGACGUUGCACUAA